AUGGCGCAAGCGCUUGGCAAUGGUUGCAUGCGCAUGACUGGCUUUCAGGCUACACAAACCCAUCAAGACGAUGCAUACGGCGAACUUCUUCCCCGGCUCGAGGUCCAUGAACUGCGAGAGCUUGGUACCAUAGAGUCUGGGGCGUACGUCCUAGACGUCCUUACCACGGCAACCUAUCGCCCGAAGACAGAUGCCAUCCUCGGUAUUAAACGUGUCACUAGGCCUAUCCGACGGGCAGUCGAAUCCUUGUUUAACCCGGAAUAUCACAUCGCCGAUUUUGCCAACUCAACUCUGGAUACGUCUACACUCCACAAUAACUGCUGGCCAUUCGAAGCUGCAUACGGAACAGUCGGCAUUCGUCUGGCGCAUCCCAUCCAACUCGUGUCCAUGACGGUCCGCUUCACACAGAGCGAACUUCUCCGCAAACGUGUGGGGGUUCCCAGGAAGUUUAGGAUCUGGGGUUUGCUCCCUGCCUUCGACCGCCAUCGUUUGCCUGCUCAAUGCUCGCGGCGCGAUGUUGAUUUUGCGUCCCAUCUGGUUCCCCUGUUAGAUGGCAUAGGCGGAGAAACGACCGCAAGAUACCCGCUUCUGUUCAGCGAAUGGGUUGCCGAUACGCUGUUCAGUGAGUAUGUUGGCGAAACGUUGGCGUCGUCGGGCACGACAAUACCGUCUACGCCUUGCUCGGUACCUGUGGACACCUUUCUACUUGAGAUUUGGGGUAGUGGCCCUGAUGCACCGUUCACUUGCGUGAACCGGUUGCAUCUCGUAGGCUUCUGA